AUGUCAGCAUGGAUAUUACUGCUCACUACGGGUGUGUCUGUCCUGGGACUGUCCUGGGGUCAGCGGACUGAACCCAUGUUUGCCUCAGUAACUCAGAGUGUUUUCCCGCCGGACUAUGAGAAUAACCCUACGCAGCUCAACUAUGGCGUGGCUGUCACUGACGUGGAUGGAGACGGAGAUCUGGAGAUCUUUGUUUCAGGCUACAAUGGCCCAAAUCUGGUGUUGAAGUAUGACAGUUUUAAGAAGAGGCUUGUUAACAUUGCAGUUGACAACCGCAGUUCUCCAUACUAUGCACUCAGAGAUCGACAGGGCAAUGCCAUUGGAGUGACAGCAUGUGACAUAGAUGGUGAUGGCAGAGAGGAAAUUUACGUCCUUAACACUAAUAAUGCCUUCUCGGGGAGAACAACAUACACUGACAAGCUCUUUAAGUUUCGUAACGGCCGGUUUGAGGAUCUCCUGAAUGAUGACAUAAAUGAAAACCGAGAUGUUGCCAAUCGUGUGGCUGGUCGGUCAGUCGCAUGUGUGGACAGAAAGGGAACAGGUCGUUAUUCCAUCUACAUUGCUAACUAUGCCAGCGGAACUGUAGGUCCACAUGCUCUGAUUGAAAUGGAUGAAAGUUCAAGUGACCCGUCCAAGGGAAUCAUUGCACUGUCAAACGUGGCUGAGCAGGCCGGAGUCAACAAGUUCACAGGGGGACGGGGGGUCGUGGUGGGUCCCAUCCUCAGUCAGACCCUACCUGAUAUUUUCUGUGACAAUGAGUACAGCCCUAACUUUCUGUUUCGGAACAACGGGGAUGGUACAUUUACAGAUGUGGCGGCACAAGCGGGGGUUGAUGACCCGAUGCAGCAUGGCCGUGGAGUGGCGUUAGCAGAUUUUAAUCGGGAUGGGAAGACAGACAUUGUCUAUGGAAACUGGAAUGGGCCACAUCGUCUGUUCCUACAGCUCAGCAAUAAUCGCAAGCAAAGGUUUAAGGACGUGGCCACACAGAAGUUUUCCAUGCCAUCUCCUGUUCGCACUGUCAUCGCAGCUGACUUUGAUAAUGACAAUGAACUGGAAGUUUUUUUCAACAACAUUGCCUACAGAGGACCAUCAGCCAACAGACUCUUCAGAGUUUCUCGGAGAGAACACGGAGAUCCACAGAUCGAGGAGCUGAACAUCGGGGAGGCCGCCGAACCAGAGGGACGGGGAACUGGAGCAGCUGUGACUGAUAUUGAUGGAGAUGGGCAGCUGGAUCUUUUGGUGAUGCAUGGGGAAAGUGCAGCUCAACCCAUCUCUGUGUAUCGAGUCACUCAGGGCUCAUCUAAUAAAUGGCUCCGUGUGAUUCCACGCACACAGUUUGGGGCUUUUGCUCGUGGAGCAAAGGUGAUAGUCUACACCAAGCGGAAUGGCCCUCACACACGCAUUAUAGAUGGAGGAUCAGGGUACUUGUGCGAGAUGGAGCCAGUGGCUCACUUUGGACUAGGGAAGGAUGUGGCCACCAGUUUGGAAGUGUUCUGGCCAGGUGGACGUUCUGUGGCGAGACCUCUGGAGCCCAGUGAUAUGAACAAAGUGAUGGAGAUCCAUUACCCUGAGAAUGAGGAGGAGGCGACCCUAGUGGUGGAGAUCGAAUGUGGACCAGGAUUUGAGGUCAAUGAAAAUGGCCGCUGCACUGACCAAGAUGAGUGCACACAGUUCCCGUCUGUCUGUCCCUCUGAGCGACCUGUCUGCACCAACACCUACGGGAGCUUCAAGUGCCGUGCAAACAAGAGGUGUAACCAGGGAUACGAGCCUAAUUAUGAAGGGACAGCAUGUGUAGCCCAGGUGGCUUAUUUUGGAGGAAACAGAUCCUCCGCCUCCAAGUUCUGGGCUUCCCAUCUUUGGCCUCUUCUACUAACUCUUCUCGCUGUCUUUACUGCUUGCUUUGGGGCAUGAAGUGUGGUGCCUCUCCUCUCCUGACAUCUCUUCCACACUGCUUGAUCUCUGAUUUUCUGCUUUUCUUUUGUUUUCGCACUGAGGUGUUUGGGAGUCAGCUGUAAAAUGAACUCUCCAUGGACCUGUUGCUUCUGCAGUGUCGUCACUAACAGACCUGUAUGAAUAAUGCUUCGCUUUCCAGAUGGGAACCAGAAAAGAUCCCUGUUUUGAAGACAAACAAGCAUUCCACUCCAUCUAGAUUGAGGAAAAAUCAAAGAUCCUCAUAUUCAUCGAGUGCGAUGUGGGAUAAGAUUGUGAUUGUGUUACAGGCGACUAUGAGUGCAUUCAGUCUCAUAUCGGCAGCAUUAUGCUAGCAGGUUUUCCAGGGGAACAUAUUCCAGGCCGUCUGUUACUCGCAAGGUCUUGCUUGUGCUCUGAUAAAAACAUUCACAAGAGAUUCAUACUGUACACUUUUGACCCUCACCAGUACUAACGACUGCCAUUGGGAUCGGUGCAUGUUUUUGGCAUGGAUGAGUAUUACAAAACACAGUUUCAUUUAGCAAAAUGUUGUUCAGAUUUAUAUAUGUGGGAUUUCACUGUGAUCUAGCUGCAAAAACAUAGACCCAGACCAAAUUUGUGAAGUAAAACUUCUUUGAUAAGAUAUGAUGUCUAUUUAUUAAAAAAUUUACCUUGACCACAACCAAAAUAUUACUUAAAAUAUUUCAACUUUGAAAUAUAGAGUUCAGUAAAGUCUUUUUCUAGAAAGAGAUAUUUUCCACACAAGGAAAAUGUGUGUGUGGCCAUUGUCCAAAAAAAGCACCCUAAAAGUAUUUCAUACAACUUAUGUUUUGUCUUUUGAGAAAUAAGAAGAAAUUUAAAGGAAUGGUUCAUGCAUAUUGUAUAACAUAAGACGAAAAUAUGUGAAUAG